GCGAAGCGUGAGCGGCUCUCUGGGGGACUCUCCCGGCCCGGCCCGGCUCACGGUGGGGGGGAGCGGGCGGCGCCGAGACUCGCCGGGACGAAAGUUUGGGAGCCGCCCCGCGGGCGGGCAGGAGGGGCCGGAGGCCGCGGUGUCAGGAGCAUGAGAGGUUCGCCGCGGCCUCGCCGGUGCCCGUGAGAGACGGCCCACAGAUCUCUCCUCGGGCCGGAGGAGAGAAGGCAGAGCGAGCGGGGGCGGUAGCACCUCCCCGGGGGACCCCAGGAGCCCGCGGCCGGGGUGCCUGCGAGCCCCUCCAUCCGCAGCGCCUGUUCUCGAGCUCUAUUUCCCGUUCCCCGGCGGGGGAAGAGGAGGGGCGGCGGCGGGGAGCCCUGUCGGGAUCCCUCGGGACGGCGCGGGGGCGGCUGGAAAGCCCUGAGCAGGAGUGAGCAGCUCCCACCGAGCCCGGCACAGCAGCGCCGCGUUCCCUUCCCGCCGGGGCUUCCCCCUGCGGGGCCGCGAGUGCGCAUGGGGGCGGCGGGCGCGGAGCCGGGAGCGCCGGGAGCGGCUCCAUGAGGACAGCAGGCCUGUCCGCGCCCCCGCCGCCCGCCCUGCCCUGCCCGCGCUUCCGACCCUGAGGCCCUCGGCUCGCCUACGAAGAAACUUUUCCGCAGCGUCCGAAGAUGGAGCCUGCCGGCAUGGAUUAUUUCUGCGAGCAGGUACAGCAGAAGGACGUGGGCCGCAGGAUGCAGGUCGGCCAAGAGCUGCUGGAGUACCUGGGCGACCCGGCGAGGUCCCCCGAUCUGGAGCAGGACCAGCAGCGCCUUGACAAAGUGAUCGACGAAUUAACAGCGUGGGUCAACUCCAGUAAUUUUAAGGUAGCACUACUGGGAUUAGAUGUUUUAGGUGCCCUUGUGGACAGACUAUCAGGACGCUUUAAACCCUAUAUAGGAACUGUUCUCCUGGCUUUGAUAGAUCGUAUGGGAGAUGCCAAAGACCAAGUUCGAGAGCAAGCACAGAAUCUUAUAUUGAAACUGAUGAGUGAAGCAGCACCACCCAUGUACAUUUGGGAACGCCUUGCUGUUGGUUUUAAACACAAGAAUUACCGAUCCCGAGAAGGAGUGUGUUUGUGUCUUGUUGCUACCUUAAACAUUUACGGUGCGCAGCCAUUAAUCCUCAGCAAGUUGGUACCACAUCUGUGUAUAGCAUUUGGUGACUCCAACAGUCAGGUGAGAGAUGCUGCCAUACUAGCCAUUGUAGAGGUUUAUAGACAUGUGGGAGAGAAAGUACGAAUAGAUCUUACAAAAAGAGGAAUUCCUCCUGGAAGGUUGCAAACAAUCUUUGCAAAAUUUGAUGAAAUAAGAAACUCUGACAAUAUGAUUUUAAGUAACGUCAGUGACAAAAGCUUUGAUGAUGAAGAGUCAGUGGAUGGAAAUAGGCCAUCAUCAGCUGCUUCAGCCUUCAAGGUUCCGGCACCUAAAAAGCCAGGAAAUCCUUCAAACAGUGCAAGAAAGCCAGGAUCAGCUGGUGGGCCUAAGGUUGGAGGUUCCUCUAAAGAAGGAGGAGCUGGAGCUGUGGAUGAAGAUGAUUUUAUUAAGGCAUUUACAGAUGUUCCUACUGUACAGAUUUAUUCUAGUCGAGAACUUGAAGAAACGUUGAACAAAAUCAGGGAAAUUCUCUCAGAUGACAAACAUGAUUGGGAUCAGCGAACUAAUGCGCUGAAGAAGGUUCGUUCCUUGCUCGUUGCUGGAGCUGCACAGUACGAUGGGUUUUUCCAGCAUUUGCGGCUGUUGGAUGGUGCUUUCAAGCUGUCAGCCAAGGAUCUCAGAUCCCAGGUGGUCAGAGAAGCCUGCAUUACUGUAGCCCACCUUUCAACUGUUCUGGGAAACAAGUUUGACCAUGGCGCUGAAGCAAUUGUGCCUACUCUUUUUAACCUGGUUCCCAACAGCGCCAAAGUGAUGGCAACCUCUGGGUGUGCAGCCAUCAGGUUCAUCAUUCGGCAUACUCAUGUGCCACGACUCAUACCUUUAAUAACAAGCAACUGUACCUCAAAAUCAGUUGCAGUUAGAAGGCGCUCCUUUGAAUUUUUAGACCUGUUAUUACAAGAGUGGCAAACACAUUCACUGGAAAGGCAUGCAGCUGUCUUGGUUGAAACAAUCAAGAAGGGUAUUCAUGAUGCUGAUGCAGAAGCACGAGUGGAGGCAAGAAAGGCUUAUCUGGGUCUUAGAAAUCACUUUCCUAGUGAAGCUGAGACUCUGUACAAUUCUCUGGAGCCACCCUAUCAAAGAAGCCUUCAGACCUACUUGAAGAAUUCUGGCAGUAUAGCAUCUCUCCCUCAGUCAGACAGGUCAUCCUCCAGCUCACAGGAGAGCCUCAACCGGCCUCUGUCAUCUAAAUGGUCUGCAGCCAGCCCAGCAAGUCUUGCAGGCAGAGUUCCAGGCAGCAGCAAGGGCGUCCCAAGCCCGGGCACCCUGCAGAGGUCUCGCAGUGACAUCGACGUGAACGCUGCGGCAGGCGCCAAGGCGCGCCAUGCUGCUGGGCAGACAGCUGGAGCCGGGCGCCUCUCAGCAGCCGGGCUGCCCCCGGGCUCCUACGCCUCCCUAGAGGAUACUUCUGACAAGAUGGAUGGAACAGCUUCUGAAGAUGGUCGUAUACGAUCAAAGCUCUCCACUCCUUCUGUUGGUAUUGGAAAUUCUAAAACAGAUUCCAGAGGACGGAGUAGAACCAAAGUGGUGUCACAAUCUCAGCGUUCAUCAUCGCCAGACCAAAAUGAAGGAUCACAGUCUGCUAACCCCAUUGGUGCUGGCAGUAGAUCUGGGUCUCCUGGAAGAGUUUUGACAACAACCACACUUUCCACUAUGAACACAGGAGUUCAGAGAGUGUUGGUGAAUCCUGCAGCUGCACAAAAACGGAGCAAAAUCCCACGAAGUCAGGGAUGCAGUAGAGAAGCUAGUCCUUCUAGGUUGUCAGUAGCGCGAGGCAGCCGCAUUCCUCGGCCUAGUGUGAGUCAGGGCUGCAGCAGGGAGGCCAGCCGUGAAAGUAGCAGGGACACGAGCCCUGUCCGCUCUUUCCCGCCCCUGGCUUCCAGACAUCACUCCAGAUCCACUGGUGCCCUCUACGCUCCUGAUGCUUAUGGGGCCACAGGUACUGGCUUUGGAAUUAGUCAGUCGAGUAGAUUAUCGUCAUCAGUCAGUGCUAUGCGAGUCCUGAACACAGGUUCUGACGUGGAAGAGGCAGUAGCAGAUGCUUUGCUCUUAGGAGACAUACGGACUAAGAAGAAGCCCGUGCGAAGAAGAUACGAAUCGUACGGGAUGUACUCAGAUGAUGAUGCCAACAGUGAUGCAUCAAGUGCCUGUUCAGAAAGGUCCUACAGCUCCAGGAACGGGAGCAUCCCAACCUACAUGAGGCAGACAGAAGAUGUGGCUGAGGUCCUGAACCGCUGUGCCAGCACCAACUGGUCAGAGAGGAAAGAAGGCCUUCUAGGCCUGCAGAACUUACUAAAGAACCAGAGAACUCUAAGUCGUGUUGAGUUGAAAAGAUUGUGUGAGAUCUUCACAAGAAUGUUUGCUGAUCCUCACAGUAAGGUGUUCAGUAUGUUUUUGGAGACCCUGGUCGACUUCAUCCAGGUCCAUAAAGAAGAUCUGCAGGACUGGCUGUUUGUACUGCUGACACAGCUGUUGAAAAAAAUGGGUGCUGAUUUGCUUGGGUCUGUACAAGCAAAAGUUCAGAAGGCACUUGAUGUCACAAGGGAAUCUUUUCCAAAUGACCUCCAGUUCAGUAUUUUAAUGAGAUUUACUGUUGACCAGACCCAAACACCUAGUCUGAAGGUCAAAGUUGCAAUCCUAAAAUACAUAGAAACUCUUGCGCAACAGAUGGACCCAGGAGAUUUUGUAAAUUCGAGUGAAACUAGGUUAGCAGUGUCUCGAAUCAUCACCUGGACCACAGAACCUAAAAGCUCAGAUGUUAGGAAGGCUGCACAGUCAGUGCUGAUUUCCCUUUUUGAACUCAACACUCCAGAGUUUACAAUGCUGUUGGGUGCUUUACCAAAAACAUUUCAGGAUGGAGCCACAAAGCUUCUCCAUAAUCAUCUCCGGAAUACAGGCAACAGUGGUCAGGGAUCGAUGGGAAGUCCUUUAACAAGACCUACUCCACGCUCCCCAGCAAGUUGGUCAAGUCCUCUCACUUCCCCAACCAAUACAUCACAGAACACUUUGUCACCAAGUGCAUUUGACUAUGACACUGAAAACAUGAAUUCUGAAGAUAUUUACAGCUCUCUUCGUGGAGUCACUGAAGCCAUUCAGAAUUUCAGUUUUCGCAGUCAGGAAGAUAUGAAUGAGCCUGUAAAACGAGAUGCUAAAAAAGACGAUGGUGAUACGAUUUGCAGUGCUUCAGGAAUGGUGGACAUGCGAGCAGGAAGUGGUGUGAGCGAUACGGGCCGGACAGCUCUGGAUAACAAAACGUCAUUACUCAACACCAUGCCUCCCCACUCCUCACCACGCUCACGAGAGUACAACCCAUACAAUUAUUCUGAUGGGAUCAGUGCAUUCAAUAAAUCUGCUUUGAAGGAAGCCAUGUUUGAUGAUGAUGCAGAGCAGUUUCCUGAUGAGCCUCCCAUGGACCAUUCUGAUCUGGUUGCAGAGCUACUGAAAGAGUUAUCAAACCACAAUGAGAGAGUUGAAGAAAGAAAGGCUGCCCUGUAUGAGCUCAUGAAGUUAACUCAGGAAGAGUCUUUUGGUGUUUGGGAUGAGCACUUCAAAACAAUACUUCUGCUGCUGCUUGAAACACUUGGAGAUAAAGAGCAUGCAAUUAGAGCUUUGGCACUGAAAGUUCUAAGAGAAAUUCUAAGAAACCAGCCAGCAAGGUUUAAGAAUUAUGCAGAGCUCACAAUCAUGAAGACCUUAGAAGCACAUAAGGAUCCUCAUAAGGAGGUGGUGAGAUCUGCUGAAGAAGCUGCUUCCAUGCUGGCCACUUCCAUUAGCCCAGAUCAGUGCAUCAAAGUUCUCUGUCCAAUUAUCCAAACUGCAGAUUACCCCAUUAAUCUGGCUGCAAUCAAAAUGCAGACAAAAGUUAUAGAAAGAGUAUCUAAAGAAACCCUUACUCUGCUUUUACCAGAGAUUGUGCCAGGUCUAAUACAGGGUUAUGAUAACUCAGAGAGCAGCGUUCGUAAGGCAUGUGUUUUCUGCCUUGUAGCCAUUCAUGCAGUAAUUGGUGAUGAACUAAAACCACAUCUCAGUCAACUCACUGGCAGUAAAAUGAAAUUAUUGAACCUUUACAUCAAACGUGCACAAACAGGCUCUGGAGCAGGGGAUACAGCAGCAGAUAUGUCUGGACAAAGCUAAUGAAGCUGACAAGAGUUAACCAGGUCUCCUAAAGCAAGGGCAAGGCCCUCUUCAGUGAAAGGAAGAUCCUUACAUGCAACUUCUGGAACUUUUUUCUUGUUUUGUUUUUUUUUCCCCCCUUUCUUUUGUUAUUUUUCUUUUGUUUGGGGUUUUGGUUUUUUUUUUUUUCCCAUAACCAAUGGCUGUCCUCAGCCUGCAUGAGACUGUUGCAAUAGAAUUAUUCCAAAUCUAAGGAAAAACAGUAUUAACAUCAGUUGAUCAAAGCAGAAUAAAAAUUUUAAAUAAUCUUAUCUAUCAGUUACCCUGUUCAUAAUCCUCUGUGUCUUCCCAUUAACUUUUGCCAGUGUUACUGUAUUAAAAAAAAAAAGAUUUUUUUUAAUGCUAAUUAAAAAGGUAUGCUUUAAGCUUCAGAAGUUAAAAUAUAAAUUCUGUUGCUUUUCUUCAGCUGCAGAUAACAUUACUUUUUUAUUGCUAUUUUGUUUGAGCAUCAUGUCCUUUGCUAGAAACAAGAAGUGAUGUGAAACAAGGCUGAACUAGUCUGAACUGCAGUGAGACUCGUUCACUGUGUUGGUGGUUCAUCAUCUUAUUUACAGCUUGUUUGGGAUAUUCUGGAGAUUGAGAAAUAUGCCUAUAAAAAGAAAGCUGGAUCGAUCCAGUUCUGUCACAGUGAUAUUGUUCAUUGGUUGUAUGUUUGUUGCAUAAAUAAGAAUUUGGUGUGCGCAGCAGAGGACUGGUACAACCAGUACCUCUUAAUGUGGGAGCCAGCCCUGCCAGGGCAGCAGUGCACUGCCGAGCUGGUGGCAGUGUGGCAGCCUGCUGGUGAGCAGCAGAGUUCAUGGUCACUUGAUGGACGUGAACCAUCCUUGUCACCUUUCGUUCUUCAAGCAGGAUGCUUCAGAAUGGAGUGCUCUGCCCAAGCAUGCUCAGUAUGUAUUUAACUUUAUCACUAGAAUGUUUCCUCUCAACCUAAUUGCUGGAACAAGUAGUCUUGUAUUGUAACUCACAUGGGAUCUUAUGACAACAGUGCAGAAAACUAUUUAUUCCUUACCUUCCGAAAAGCACCAAGAUUUUUCUGCAUUGAAUUUAAAUGGGGGGAGGGGGGAAUAGUCACAAAUGCUAUGGAUCUCGCCACCUUUUAAUUUAAAGAAAAAUAUAUAUUUUGGAUGAGUAGGAAAAGCUGCACCAAAUUAUUUGCAUGGUUUUCUUGAAUAGCAUCCUCAAGACCCAUCUGGAUUAAGGUGUGGAAAUGUUUCAAGGGUUUGUUUUUCCAUUUUUGAAAAAGAGUUAGUAUAUUGUGAAUAAUGGUUCUUUGUAUUUAUGAAGUUGAUAAUGGAAAGAGAACAAAGAUAAGUAAAUGUGUCCCUAAAUGUUGUCUUUUCCUUUUUUUUCAUUCUUUUUUUCCUUUUUUUCUUUUAUAUAAGCAGCAAGCUAAUUAAGUGAGAAAUGGGAUGAAACAGUGCCCUUCCCAGGAAUAGUGGAACUUUUUUUUCCUGGCAUUAUUUUCCCUUUGACUGUGAUUUUGUCUAGUUGGAGGAAAUGUAUCCUGAUAAGAGAGAAAAUAGUGGUGCCAAGGAUGAUGAUCUAUGCUAGGCUAAAAUUCUCUCUACCUCUUCAGGGUGACUAAUUUUGACUGAGCUGCUGCAUAUAGCACCCAGUAGAAGAACUAUCUAGAGAAAAUCUUUAUUUUUUUUUCCAAAUUAUCACUUAAUGUGUAUUCAGAACUCUAUUCUUCAACACUGCAGCCAAAUAUCAUAAGAAACUACUUACAUACUUUAACCUGCUAGGAACCCUGAAAAACAAAACUGAGUAAAAAAUUAAGUCAGAUGCUUGUAGUUAACAUGAAAGGUUGUUUCUACUUUAGUUUGAAGUGAAUGCAAUAGAAAGAGCUAAGAUGUGGUUAUUAAAGAAGCAAUGCCAUUGCAGAGAUUUAUUUGGAGGAAAAGUUGUAGAAAUAUAUGUAAAGACUUAAAUCCAACACUGUCAUAACUCGUUGCUAGCCCUUUUUAGCAGCUACAUGAAGAAAAUAGUAUCUCCUCCUUCUUUCCUUUGUUACGUGUAACAUCCUUGUUGUUUUCUACUGUUUAAUUACAUUGUGUAUUUAUAGUUCUAUGCUUACCAUUGUGCAUAUACUGGCAAUAAAAUGUACAUAACAUUACUUAAAAGAUUAGCAAUGUAUACAUUCUGGUUUUUCUGUUUUAUUUGAUCACAUGCUAUAAGAAAAAUUAUAAAUGUGAUUCAUACAGCAUUGGUUAAAAAAAUUUAUCUUGAUGUUUUGUGCAUCCAAAUGAUGUUUCUUUAUAUAGUUUUGUUACUAAAUCUGACUUGGCAUUUGAGAACAUGCUGUGAAUAUAGAGAUAUUAGACAAAUUUUUUAAAAAAUCGAAUAGAAUCUUUAUGAACACAGUUUCCUUCAUGUAGGCAGGUUUUUUUGCUUAUUAUUUCAUUUAUUUGUACAUUAUACAUCAUUUACAUUUUAUUUUUUUAAUAUUUAAAAAUAUUUCUCAGACUGCAGUCUUUUAGUUUUUGCAUUUUAUGAUACAAAAAGUCACGUCAAAAAAUUGCACGAAUUCUAAGCUUAACAGCCCUGUAUGUUGUUCCUGCAUUUUGUAUAGGUAAUAUUUAUUUUAAGAGAACCAUUGCAAGAUGACUGUUACUCGUCAUCUUUUUGAAGAUGCUAUUUCAUACUGAAAAUAUAAGUUAUUGAAACAUACAGUAUAUAUUCUGGAUGAAACCUAGUUUUUUUACAUGUAAACAAAAGAUAUGUUUUUUAUCCCCUAUAUGACUGAAAAAAUUUGCUCCAGGUAGGGGGGAGGAAGAUAUUUACCUGAAGUUUGUUCAUCAGUUUUGCUUUGAAGCCGUCUUUAAAUGUUUUAAGUGAAGAUAUCCCAUGUAUUAAAAAUCUCAAUGCAAUAUAUUUAAAUGAAUAUUUUACUUAUGAUAUGACUAGUUUUGUUUCCAGCAGGCAUGGGGUUGCUAUCUUUGUAAACAGAUAGAAUCUAUUUAUAUUACGUGAACCCAUCAGAAUGUAAGAAUUCGGAAAGAAAAUUAUUUCCACAGCAGCCAGUUGAUCAGAUUCACUGCAUUGCUUUUUGCCUUCAUUUCCUAUAUUAUAAGUAGAUAUUAGCUCAGUUAAAUUCAAGCAAUGAUUAGUCAUGCCUUAUGUUCCUGCUGGAGGUGGUUUCUCUAAUGGAUUAGCAUAAAGAUCUAGGAAAAAAUAGGACAGUUAUAAGUUGCUGUUCUUUCAGACAGGGUUUCUAUAUGUUCCUUCUAAUAUCCUGUGAAGAUAGGUCAUUGCAGUCAUUUGAAUAUUGAAAUGUAAUUCUUAAAGGUUGGGUUUGGGCUUUAAAAAAGAGGAAGGAGAAGAAAAGCUACAUGCACAAUCAGGAUGGGAAAUGAAUAUUGUGGAUGUCUCAGACUUGGAUGUCAUUUGCUUUAAAGAAUUUUGAGUAACACAUUAUGUUCAGACGAAGUCUUAGCAAGGAAGUUGGGAUAAUAAAUGUAAAUUGAAAGGAGAGCUGAUCAUGUAAAUUUUCCUGAGUUGGCUUGCUUGUUUGUUUUUGAAGAUAAAGGUUGGAACAGAU